UUCCAGCUUCAGAUGGACUGCGAUAUUCGAUUGCUUCUAUCAGUGCUGUUGCUACCGGUUUGUUGUUUCAGUGUGGCACAAGCAUCAGUAGGCUUUUAUGUGGAUAAUGAGAAUGCGCAAUCGAUACCACUUGCUGUUAGCAGUGAAUCAUUUGAGUUAUUCCAGCUUCAGAUGGACUGCGAUAUUCGAUUGCUUCUAUCAGUGCUGUUGCUACCGGUUUGUUGUUUCAGUGUGGCACAAGCAUCAGUAGGCUUUUAUGUGGAUAAUGAGAAUGCGCAAUCGAUACCACUUGCUGUUAGCAGACAUGGAACUGCGAGACUGGAGUCGAAAAUAUUAGAAUUGUUGGGAAUUGAAUAUCCACGACCGCUAGUUGUUCGUGUAAAAGAUGACAUAGCAUCACGUUUUAUGGCGGAUUUAUAUCGAAAUUUAGAGCACGACGUUGAAUUGAAUCCUACUUACAAAUAUCUGGCUAGUGGGCAGUUAUUGUCAGCGGGUGAGAAAGAAGCCAUCGAAUUAGGCGAAGCUGAUACAAUUAUUUCAUUUUUGCCACGAGAGCAGAGAACAGUGCCAAAUUACGGGACAAGUUUGCAGUUCGAUCUUGCUAAUAUACCGCGAGGUGGUCGGCUUGUGCAUGCUCAACUUCGGAUAUUCUUUAAUGGUUCGAUGAAACCACUACGUGUCUUCGCAACUAUUCCGUAUUCGAGGGAUCUAACUUGUACGACAACGGUAGAAUCACGUAUUACAAGCAGCGGACAUUUUGUAAUAAAUAUUACGGAAACACUUCUACGCUGGAUUCAUAAUCGUUCACUUCUUAAUAUCGUAACUCUGUAUGCAGUCUCAGCGCAUGGAGAAAGGGAGCUCUUGGAAAAUUUUGGUGAAUGGCGUGGGUUUGGAAUAGCUUCCUUUGUGGACGGUAUAAAUCAUAUCCACCAGCGUAUUAAACGUGACGCAUCUGAUGAAACUAAUGCCUUCGAUGAUUAUGGAUAUGGCUUUUCGGCGAGGCCUGAUCCACUGCGACAUUCAGCUUCUAAUAAAGGUUGCCGUAGGCGAACACUUUAUGUAGACUUCAAAGAUCUUGGUUGGCAGGAUUGGGUUAUUGCACCAGAUGGUUAUCAUGCAUAUUAUUGUGAUGGUUUCUGUUCAUUUCCACUGAAUAAUCAUAUGAAUGCAACGAACCAUGCUAUUGUUCAAACGCUUGUUCAUCUCAUCGACCCUACUAGAACAUCAGAGGCAAAAUGUGCACCUUCAUCGUUACGCUCAAUGAAAAUAUUAUUCAUCGAUAAUGCUCAAAAUGUGGUGCUGAAACGCUACAAGGAUAUGCAAGGCCAAAUUGGUCAUCCAGUUCUGGAUAAGCAUCUGAGGUCUGAGGAUAAGGUCAUGAUAUGCUUGGAACAUCGAUCUUUGAGUUGGUUAUCAUGUCUGAAUUAUUGUUCGGAAGUUUCACCAAUAAGAAACGGUGUUUCAACUAUCUCAUUAUACGUCUCUUUUACCAUUGGUCAAACUUCAUGGAUUAUAUUUGUGCCUAAGUUUAAAUCAACUUUGCUAUCAUCUUUUGGGCCAAGUUCGCGAUUGUCUGCAUGUCAUUUGAUGGCAGAGAAGUUUUCACGGCCACCAUCAUUUUGCGUUGUUAUGAAGCGGUAUAAACGGAUUUUGCUGUACUGUAAGCUUGCACAGUUUUUGGCGGUGUUAUAUAUCAGAUGGUUCCAGAAAAAUCCAAGUCAAUACAUCUGGACGCAUCGCAGUGGUCAACAAAUUUCCAUCAGGGAAAAGCGUUCUCGUUAUGGCCAUCAGAGUUCUGGGAUGGCAAUAUGGAUCGGUUGUCGUUAUGCUUUCCUAAUUACAGCUUAUAUUAAGAAUAUGAAAAAACUGGUCGUAAAAAAUCGUAACAACACUGUUCAAAAAGUUAUGUAUCCUGUCGAAAUUUAUCCAGUACUGUGCGACGAACCUGUUGCUUUCAUCGAUGGGCUUGGUGCAUUUAAUCUUUCCAAUAGAGGAUUCCGUCUUGACGAUGCAUUCAUUGAGGUCUUUUGUUCUUCGGAUGCAGUUAAUGAAAAAGAAUCAUUUAUCUCACGCUGUGUCCAUGUUGCCUUAAUCAUUACAUCUUUUUACGAUCCAUGGUCUGAUUAUUCUGAUGAACUUCGAGAUUAUUUUCGAACUCCAAGGUUGCUUUCGGUGGGAGAUAUCAUUGCUGUUCCAUGCCGUAAACCAUGGAGUAAAAAAGUGGACGAGAUAUUUUUCAAAAUUCUUUAUUUCGAAGACUCGGGGGGACUAUCAGAAGCUAUCGUUGACUUACAAAAUACAACGUUGUAUCAGGAUAAGGAGAUUUAUCACAAAAUCCCAUACAGUGAUAUUACAUGUUACGUGCCGGAAAAAUUCGUAGGAAUAGCGCAACGAAUUUCUUCUCUGAUCGAAGCUAACUGUGAAUUGAACACAUCUUCAUCAGCUUUGGUUAUACUCCUCAGUGGUUCAGCGGGUUCUGGGAAAAAGUUAUUCUUGAAGCACUUAUCUUCUUUAACUCAUCUGGAUGUUUACUUCUCCAAUUGCUUUAGUAUUUGGAGUGAUGCACCUGGAACUUAUGAAACAAAUAUUCGUAAUACUUUUGAAAAAGCUUCAACGAGUAAUUUUUCAUCAUUGGCUCUUCUAAAUGCAGAUGUACUUGGCUACGACUCAGAUGGUGCUAAGCAAGAUACUGUAGGAUUGGUAUGUUUAACGAAACUCCUUGAAGCUUGCACCAUACCUGUUGUAUUUUUGGUUUGUAAUUGCGACAAAUUAUCAACAAUACCGGAAUCGUUGCGUUCUUUAAUCCUUUAUCAUUUCCAAAUUCCGUCACUUACCGAAGAAGAUCGAAAAUCCAUAAUUAUGCACGAACUUAAUGAACCAAAUUUUAUUGAUACCGCUGCAAUUGGUCACCAGACAAGCGGGUUUACUCUGUCCGAUCUGCACAUUCUAUUGUCGGAUGCAUUAUUUCGAAAGUACAGUACAAAUUCACCGAAACAAAAGACUGAACACUUCAUAUGGGCAAUUGAUGAGCGUAACAAGAGAUUGGGAGAUAAAGUUGGAGCACCCACUAUACCAAAGGUAACAUGGGAUGAUGUUGGCGGUUUAGACGAUGUCAAGCAAGUUGUUAUGGAAAGUUUGGUUUUGAAUUUGCAAGGGAAGAAGAAUAUGAAACGUAGUGGUGUUUUGUUGUAUGGUCCUCCUGGUUGUGGUAAAACACUCAUUGCUAAAGCUAUUGCAAAUCAGUUUAAGAUAACUUUUCUGAGCGUGAAGGGACCUGAACUUCUUAAUAAAUAUGUUGGCCAGAGCGAAGCAAACGUCCGCAAAGUUUUUGAGAAAGCUCGGAUGGCUGAGCCAUGUGUGUUAUUCUUCGAUGAACUCGAUUCUCUUGCUUCCAAACGAGGUCGUUGCGGUGAUUCCAGUCGUGUAGUUGAUAACAUUGUGUCACAAUUGGCUGCAGAAUUAGAUUGCUUGGAAGAUUCGAAAGUCUUUGUUUUGGGUGCCACAAAUCGGCUUGAUUUGUUGGACCCAUCGCUGCUAAGACCUGGAAGGUUUGAUAAAAUCAUUGAAGUAAGCGGAACAACUAAUGCUGUAACACGUGAACGUAUACUUCGUGCAGCUAGUCGAAAUAUAACAUUUGCCGAUGAUGUCGAUCUGAAAGAAAUUGCAGAGUCGUCUGGUCAUUUGUCAUCAGGAGCAGAUUUACAUGCAGUAAUUUCCCACGCACAAAUGGAUGCAAUACGGAAACGGAUCGGAGCGAUAGAAGCCGGAGUGACACUGCCGGAGGAACAGCUAUUGAUCACGCAGGAUAAUCUGAAAAAUGCAGUAAGGGAGGUAAUUCCAUCGUUUGGCGCAAAUUGCAGACAGUUGCGUGGGCUUUAGUUUCAGGAUACUGUUAUAUUACUAUUAAGACUUUUUUGAUUUCUCGAAGUAACGUUGUCUCGAA